UCUCUGCACUCCACAGGGCCACUGUAGUGCCACUUUUCGCUAUCCAUCAAGGAGUCAUGCACUGUGCAUCUGAGCAUGCUCGGAAUAUUACAGAAUAUUUCUGAUAUUACAGGGCAAAAGUCUCCUCAAGGUUUGGGCAACUGAGUGGCUACAAACAGGGAGAGUGAGCAUACGCAACGACACGGCAGUUUAUCAGGAAGAAGAAGGAGGAAGUAGUGAAAUCUGAUGUGGUAGGGGAGAAUAAGGCACUAGCCUGUCAGAAAACCCUACAGUGCAUGACUCGUUGAUGGAUAGGGCAAAGUGGUACUAUACCACAGCAGCCUGGUGUCCGUAGCUUCCCACUUCCAGAAGCGGUUGCCUUGGCAACCAGGAUGUUUAUCCUCUCCAGGACAGGGCCUCUCUCUUCACUGUGUGGGGUGGGCUUAGGUUGAGGCUGAGCUUGGUUUUUUGUCUGUGGGGUUUAUAUCCUACCUUUCACUGCCAAGCAGCCUCCAGGUGGCUCACAUUAGUGACAAAACAUAAUGCGCAUCCAGUAAUUAAAACAGUAAACCCACAGAGAUAAAAGCAGCAGACCAGCAGAUAAAACAAAACAAAAUAUUCCAACCAGCAAGAUAACACCGUAAAACUAGGAGAUAAAAAGAUACAAGGAACAGGUUAAAAAAAGAAGAAAACAUUAAAAGCCUGAGAGAACAGGAUGGCCUUUGGCGGAUACCUAAAAGAUAACUGAGUUGGUGUCAAGUGAAUCUGUCUGGAAUGGACUUGGGACACUUCAGUGCCACUUUAGAAAAUGCCACCUUUCCACUAACGGGGAAACUCUAGACACUAGAAGAAUCUGACAGUAGAACAGGAGUCAGCAACCUAUGUUCUUCUAGAGAAGAGAAGAAAGGCAGUUCUGAAUCCAAGCAGGCAGUUUUUGGUCCCUGGCAUGCAGACCUGUUGAGAUGUGUUGGGAAGCCAUCUUAUUAAAAUAAUCGAAGCUCUUCAUAUGCAAGUGGGAUGGCAGGCAGUGCAUAGCAUUUGAAGGAAUUGGAAUUUUGUGGAGCAUCAAGGUACUGGGCUUUUUGAAAACUUAGAGUACAGAUCAUACUGCGCAUGUACUGUUUAUGCAUGUUGAAGGAAAGAAAGAAAGAAAAGCGACUACCACCGUAAACUAGAUGGUUCCAGAAAUUGAAUAUCUAGAAUUGCCAUCUGUGUUGUGGUGGACAUCUUUCCUCUCCUCACCAAAUACUGUAAGUUUGUCUCCUGUGUCAGCUACUGGACGACUACUGCAGUGAAAGAAAUGGGAUUUGCCCAUGCCUUGAGGUCUGGCGUUGUGGAGAUGAGUGGCAUGGCAGCAACGGUGACCUUCCUGGCGAUCCUCUUGAUUCUGCUGCAUUGGUACUCCACCUCUGCGUUCUCCAGGCUGAAGAAGGUGGGCAUUCGUCAUCCCCCAACUUUGCCUUUCAUUGGAAACCUGCUGUUCUUUCGCGAGGGCUUUUGGGAAAAUCACAACAAACUGAUCAAUGAAUAUGGACCUGCUUGUGGGUACUAUAUUGGCCGUCGGAUGUACAUGGUAAUAUCUGAACCGGAUAUGAUCAAACAUAUCUUAGUGGAGGACUUUGGAAACUUUACUAACAGAAUGGUUCCAAGCUUGGUUCCUAAGCCAGUUGAGAACAGCCUUCUCGGCCUGCGUGAUGAGAGAUGGGAAGCUGUCCGAAGCCAGUUGACCCCAGCCUUCAGUGCUGCAAAUAUGAAAGAGAUGACUCCCUUAAUCAGCCAGGCAUGUGACAUCUUGCUGAGUAACUUGAAGGUCUGUGCAGAUUCUGGUGCAGCUUUUGACAUCCAAAGGAAUUAUGGCUGCUUCACUUUGGAUGUUGUUGCUAGUGUGGCUUUUGGUACCCAUGUGGACUCCCAGAUCAACCCCAGUGACACCUUUGUUAAGAACACCAGAAGAUUAUUUGAACUUUCAAAACCUAAACCUAAACCUCUCAUAAUCCUAACUGUUGCAUUUCCAUCCGUAAUGGUCCCCCUGCUUCGGAUUUUGCCAAAUAAGAAGCAAGAUGAAGUUACUGGAUUUUUUAUCAAUGCUGUUAAGAACACAAUUGCCUUAAGAAACCAGCAAGACCCAAAUAAGAGGCGCAGGGACUUCCUCCAAUUGAUGCUAGAUGCCCGGAGCUCUACUAGUGACAUUGGCAUGGAGCAUUUUGACACAGUCAAUCAAGCAGACGUUUGCUUGCAAGACAGCAAGACAGCUGCUAACAAAACCCUGCUUAAGAAGGAGCAGAAAAAGUUGACUGAUGAUGAGCUUGUUGGCCAGGCCUUCUUAUUCCUGAUUGCUGGCUACGAAACCACCAACAGCACACUCUCCUUUGCCACGUACCUGUUAGCCACCAAUCCUGAGUGCCAGGAAAAACUGCUUCGAGAGGUUGAUAAAUUCUUCACAAAGCAUGACGUUCCUGACUUCCAAAACAUACAUAAACUCCCCUAUUUGGACAUGGUGAUAGCAGAGACACUACGCAUGUAUCCACCUGCAUUCAGGUUCACCCGGGAAGCUGCAGAGGACUGCAUUAUUUUGGGACAAAAUAUACCUGCUGGUGUCAUAGUAGAAAUUGCUGUUGGGCACCUCCAUUACAAUCCAAGAAUCUGGCCAGAACCUGAAAAGUUUAUUCCUGAGAGGUUUACAGUGGAGGCCAAGCAGCAGCGCCACCCCUUUUCUUACCUCCCCUUUGGGGCAGGCCCUCGCGGCUGUGUUGGUGUGAAGCUGGCUUUGAUGGAAAUAAAGAUAACACUUCUAAGGAUCUUGCAGAAGUUCAGGUUUGAAACCUGCCCUGAGACCCAGAUCCCUUUGCAGCUGAAAUCCCAAGGUACACUCGGACCACAGAAUGGCAUCUACAUUAAGAUAGUCUCUCGAUAGAGCAAAAUUUCCCAGUCACCUUCCAAGGAGCCGACAGCCGGCUGUGUUGUCUUUAUACUAUACUAAACCAUCCUUUCCCUUUCCACCUGCCUCAAUAAGGACAAAGGGAACAGGUAUAUUGGAAUUUCAUGUUUCAGAAAUCUAGCUGUGUCAAAAAAGAUCUUUACACGUGAAAGAAGCUUGAAAAAAUAAACACAAAAUUUGUAGUGGAAGGACCCUGGACCCUGUUCUAAAUUCUGCCACUGAGAGCCAGUUCCUACCUGCAAAGAAACAAAGUAGUUCGAGAGAUUUACAAUCCUGUUCACAUGUCUGCUGUAACAUGGAUGUGCAGCAGUGAGAUCCUUGAGCUUAAACUAGCUUCUGAGGGUUACCUGGUGUUGUUCUUUGAAUGUGUGAAUCAAUCAUGCUGUGCUGUUAGUCUGAUCACAUUACCCAACUUUUCUUGCCUUUAAACAGCCUAAGUAGGUUUGGGAUCUUUCAAAGAAAUACAUUGAGGUCAUUCACACAAUCAAAAACUGUGUUCUACCCAGGUUUGGGUUCUGUGUGUACUCCCAAUUUUUGAUUGUGUGGAAGCAAGGUUAGAGGAAAACCUGGGUAGAAGUGAUUGUGUGGAAGCAAGGUAGGAGAAAAAGCUACCCAGGUUUUCCUCUAACCUUGCUUCCACACAAUAAAAAAUUGGGAGUACACACAGAUCCCAAACCUGGGUAGAACACAGUUUUCGAUUGUGUGAAUGACCUCAUUGAGGCUGUUCUCCUGAGCAGCCACAUCUGGUAUAGGGCAGCUAAACCUGGGCUUAGUGAGAACUGCAGCAAAACCACCUAGGGAGUCCACUGGCUAGCCGAGGUUAAGGGCGCAAGUGCACCUUUCAGCUGGGCUAACUGUUCGUGUGUCAGUGCUGGUUGCUCCCAGCCAGCACUGACAGAGGAGCAGACUCCCAGCUGUCACUGGGGCAGGAGGGAUUGCAACAAAGCAACACACACUUGCGCGGUGCAUUGUGGGGUUUCCAAGAGCCAGGCCAAUGCAUCCCAGCCCCCAAACCUCUGUGCUGCUUGAGCGGCAGCAGCUCAUCAGCAUCAACUCUCCUGGAUUGUCUGCAGGGAAGGUAAGCUGCUGCAGCCUUCACCACCGCCCACCCUCAAGCCCGUGCAUGGGAUCCGGAGAAAGGGCUCUUUGCAAAUCAUCUGCCUUUACUUGGAGCAGCGUUUUGAUGAAAUCAAUGGGAUUUAUGUUGGGCUGAGUGUCUGGUCUGGCUUUGAGUUGCCUAUCAAUUUAGCAAACCUGUUGAGGACUAUGGUGACAACUGCCCCAUAGAUUUUAGGACCACAGUACAAACAGCUGUUGGAACAUGCCUGACCUUUCCCCAAGUUAGACUAGAAAAUAUUGUAGACUGCUUUUUCUUGGCUUUUUGAUGCUACGCUUCUUGUCAGCCCCAGAUGAGACCCAGUCCUCAGUUCAGGGACUUGCAGCCCAAGAUGUGGCUGUUGUGGAGGAUGGAGCCUGAAAUCUUGUGCGCCAUAUAUAUGUUCCACCACUGAGCUGGGCUGUGGUUCCCUUCCUAUCCUUACACCUCAAGUAUGUGUUAUGUGUAUAUAUAUAUUAGCUACAGCAACACAGGAGCGAGGGCUAGCUUUGAGAUAGCUAUCAGUUAGUACAGUGACAAAAGAGGCUUACAAAAUGCUCUGUUUACCCCUACCCAAAUAAUCUUUUGUACAGACAUCCUGUGAAAAUGUGUGCAGGAAGGGUGUGUAAACGAGGUCAACUGAUUUGCUGUCUGAGCAAACAGAUGUAAAUUCACACUGACACAGAGUAGCAGGAAGGCUUAUAGCUUCCUCUCGUCUUCCAGGAUUGCACAGCAUUGUAAAAUAAUAGGGUGCCUGGGUUUGGUUUCCCCACAAGUGAAAAGGUUACUUCAGCCCCUGGUGGCGCAGUGGUAAAACUGCCGCCCUGUAACCAGAAGGUUGCAAGUUUGAUCCUGACCAAGGGGCUCAAGGUUGACUCAGCCUUCCAUCCUUCUGAGGUCGGUAAAAUGAGUACCCAGAAUGUUGGGGGGCAGUAUGCGAAAUCAUUGUAAACCGCUUAGAGAGCUUCCAGCUAUAGAGCGGUAUAUAAAUGUAAGUGCUAUUGUAAGUGCUAUAAAUGAUCAAGGCAGCUAGCUACUGAAAAUGUGCAGCCACGACACAUCUUAGAAACAGUCUUAAAUGGGAAGGAUGCAUUUUCCUUGUCGAUUAUUUGUUCCUAGAUUGCAAGCAUGUCUAUGUAAUUCAAGAGAUCUCAGAUUAAAACAGUAAACGAUUCAAGUACAGAAUGAGAAAGCUAAAUGGCUUAGCCUGGAAGGUGCAGGAACUUGGAGCCUUUUUAAAGCUUCUUAAACUAAGUUCACUGCACAAUUAUAUCUGUCACUGUUUAAUGGCCUUUGAGUUUUUGCUUACUAAAUGGUCAUCCCUCAGCAACUGUGAGGGUUCCGUUCUGGCAAACCUCGCCAUUGGCAAAUUUGCGGUUGGCGAGGCAUCAAAGUCUAUGGGAAACGGGGUAUGGAGAACCACAGCCGCAAAAAAAGACCUAGAAAUAAAGGAAGAAAUUCCCCCCAAAAUGCUUUUAAAAUCCUGUAAUAAUCACCAGCACCAAGAAGAAUGAGCCUCUGGAAAUUUUUUGGGAACAACCCACCCCCCUAAAAAAAAAAAUCACUCAAAAGGCAUUAUAACCCCUCCUAACUGGGCAAAGAGUCACCUUUUACCGUGGUGAUUCUCUUUAUUUAGCAGGGGGAGAGUAACUGGCCCUAUCCACCCCCAUCACAGUACUUCCAGUGACUGUUGCUGGUGUGUGUCUUAUGUUUCUUUUUAGAAUGUGAGCCCUUUGGGGACAGGGAGCCAUCUUAUUUGUUAUUUCUCUGUGUAAACCGCCCUGAGCCAUUUUUGGAAGGGCGGUAUAGAAAUCGAAUUAUUAUUAUUAUUAUUAGAAUUGGCAAGGACAGCAAAGUCAGCAAGGGUCACCAGGAGGAAUGAGCCGAUAGAACCUCUGAAACAUGCCCCCCCCCCAAAAAAAACGAACUAGAAAACCUUGCCAACCACAGAUACUUGAGUCGCGGCUGGCAAGACCUGUCUCUAUUUCCUAUCAGCAUAUACUCAAAACCACAGCUGGUAAAUCCGUGGUUGGCAAGGAAAGACUACAAAGGAGUCUCAAACUUGGUCACCCCAUAGAUUUGUUUGAUAUGACUGAGCAUAAGGCUUCUCUUGUAGUCUCACCUGCGGCUGCACCCCAAAACCAGCUUUGAGCUUUUAUCAUAGGCAUUCGCUUUGGCUAAUAUCACUGCAGAAAGGACGUUUACAUAAUAUGUUGCCUAUUUAGGAUGGUUCCUUGUAACAACUGAUUGCAGACUCACCCAUGAUUUGGAAUACAUCUCACAUUUACUUACAAGGAUUUCAUAUGCUUCAUGUCAUGUCAUAUAAUGCUGCUGUAUAUAAAGAGCGAAACCAUUGGGCCGUCUAGCCCAAUAUUGCCUGUUCUGAUUUGCAUAGCUCUCCAAGGUCUCAGGCAGUGAUAUUUCCUUGUCCUGCUCCCCAGAAUGUUUUUAUCAUGGAAUGAACAUGAGACCUUAUUCUUGCAGAGCAUGCAUCUUACCCUUAUGCAAUGAGCCUUCCUUACUAAUAGCACAGCAUACCUCUGGGAACUGUGUUUUUGAGAUUGUGAGAGACCCCUUGGGACAAGGAACCAUUUCUUAUUUUUAUUUUCUUUGCGAAGUAAACUGCCUUAAGAACUUUUUUUGGGUUGAAAAUCAGUAUAUAAAUAUGGACAUUAAUUAAUUAGUGGCUAAGGGUAUCAGUGCCAAACUGGACAGUCAGGCUUGCUUAAUCAUGCAGCUUCCCUGUUCAGGUAUGAAAUCAGGUGGAUCCCCCAACUUUUAAUUAAACAUCAGGAGAGGUGCACAGGUGAGGGCAGCUGAACCCUUUCCUGCCUAAUCUUCUCAUGUUCUGUUGCUUCUGGCACUUUUCUCCUAGCCUGGCUCACUUUCUAUUAAACAUACAUGGCUGCCACCAUCACAUCUGAUCUGGGUCCCAUCGGCUCAGCUAUGAACUUUGUCAUUAGACACACCUUCUCUGAAUCCAUAUUCCACAUUGCUCCAAAGACUUGUAUACAUAAACUAGGACGAGAAGUUUAUGCAUACACUUUGUAUGCAUAAACUAGGACGGGAAGAUUGGCAAACACCAACAUAAUUUCACAGGUAAAAGGUGCAUCCUGUUUCAGGUUUAGCAUCAAUUUUGCAUUCAGAGAGGACAAAAGGGAAAAAUAUUGAUCUUUUAGGGUUUCUAUUGUAUGGCUGCAGUUCACUCAAUAUCAAAGCACAUAUGAUGGUUAUUAUUCAUGGCAAUUGCCAGAAAGCAAAACUAAAAACUGUUAGGAGUGAGUGAUGAGAAGGAUGAAACAUCUUCAGGGAAUUCAUAAUUUGUCUCAGCGGAAAGCUAUCAUUGUAAAAGAAUAGGAGAAAAGCAUUUGUUUUGUAAAUUACAAAGACUGCUUUUUUUAGGAGAAUGAUUUUCAACUCUUGCUAUUGAAUAUCCAAUGUGAAACAUUAUGCAUUUUCUACUGUUUAAUUUGCACAAUUAAAAACGUUAACAGAAUAAAGGUGUU